UCACCAGCCACCCGGCAACAUUCGUAUGUACGCCACACCAUGCGCCGUAUCGCACCCGUACUCCUGCGCCCGCUCGCAGCCAGGGCAUAUGCAGCCAAGCCGCUCGACAUCGACCACGUCCAGGACCCGGACUUUGAGGAUGUGCUCGGCGAGCUCACGCGGAGACGCAGGAAAGCAGAUGCAAAACGGCGCCAAUACGGAUCGUCCUUUGUGGACCAUGCGAUAGUCACUGUGCGCGGCGGCAAGGGCGGCAACGGCGCGGCAGCGCUCGAGGCGUCUCUUCGAGGACCAUCGUUUCCCUCGGGCGGCAACGGCGCCCACGGCGGCUCCGUCUACAUCACCACGUCGCCCGAGCUCACGUCACUCGCUACCGUGAAAAAGCGUCUGAUAGCCGGUGCUGGCGGCUCAGGCGGGGGAGCGUUCAAGCACGGACGGAAAGGCGAGGACCUGGUGGUCCAGGUCCCGGUGGGCACGAUCGUGCGUGAGCUGAAGCGCGAAGGGGAGGAAGAGAGGAUGGAGAGGGAGGAAGACGAUUUGGGACUAUCAGAUGCGGAGAAAAAGAAGAAACGGUGGCAGAGAUGGUUCAUUGCGCAUCCCUCCACAAAGGGCGAGGUCAGUGAAGAAGAGUAUGCCGACGGAGAAGAUCUUUUACGCCGCGAGAGACGGUGGAUCGCGCAUACACCCUCGUUUGACCAGACGCCUCCCUUCCAUCUCGACAUUAGCGAACCGCUUGACGAGCCAGUCUUAAUAGCCUCUGGCGGGUCCGGCGGGCUGGGCAACCCCUUCUUCCCUUCACCAAGGUUGGCCUCUCGCGGCACCCUCCCGCCCACACACACAUUUGAAUUCGAGCUUAAACUGCUCGCCGACGUCGGCCUCGUCGGUUUCCCGAACGCGGGGAAAUCAACCAUCCUCCGUGCACUUACCGGCCGUCGUGCAGAGGUUGCCGGCUACCAAUUCACGACGCUCAACCCGCAAAUCGGGGUGGUCAGAGUGUACGAAGACGGUUCAUGGGGCGUAGGCAAAGAGGAAGUGGUCGAGACGUGGAUCGAGCGUGAACGUGAAGACUUUUCUCGCCAGACGGGUGGUCCGUUCCCUGCAUCGCGCAUUAAAAAUGGCCGAGAGGACAAAAUGGAGCGACUCCGCUUCACCUUGUCAGAUAACCCGGGUCUGUUACCCAUGGCAUCCCAAAACGUCGGUCUCGGCCACUCUUUCCUUCGAUCUAUCGAACGGUCCCCCGUCCUGGCCUACGUCCUCGAUCUCACGAAACCGUCCCCGGUACAGGAUCUUCAAGUGCUGAAAACAGAGCUUGAAGCUUAUAAACCCGGGCUGAGCGAGCGUGCGGGCGUGGUCGUGCUGAACAAGGGCGAUGCAGUACCUGAAGAAGAAGGCAAGAAGCGGGUGGAGGAGGUCGCGGCGUUUGUGAGCGAGCAUAAAAGUGGUCAGGUUAUCGUCCUCAGCGGCAGGUACGGUCUCGGGAUGGAGACGCUUGUUGCUCUCCUAGCGGAUAAUGUGGAAAAGGCGAGGAUCGAGAGGGCGGAAAUGUUGGACAGGGAGAGGAAGGCGGUGAAGGAGGAACCGGUCAGCCAUCGGGUGAGCGGGUUUGGUUUGAAAAAGUAGAUCCAUCGUGUUGUACGCAUAUCCAUUCCAAUUCACAUGUCUUUAUAUAGUUGGACUGAUUAGGGGAAUCAGGGAGCCCCAGAAAAAAUAAAGAGUCGACGCUGGGGACGUACGAUACGAUUCGCGCUGCACACUCCAACUUCUCGACCCUUUUUUUUCUGUCCCCCCGCAGCGCUACUGCCCUCUCCUUUCCACUGCAGCCCUAGAACAGGGCUAACAUCCAGCGGCGGCGGCCCAUCGAUCACAUAUAGGGUAUCAUUAUCGCAAUUAAUUAAUCGUACCAGACAAAAAAGAUGCGCUCAGGCCCUAUCUACCCAUUCAUUUGGAUCGUACCUGUAGCAGCGGCG